CGCACUCCGGACCCAUUGGACACGGCGUUGUAGGAUGGCCCCACACCUUUGAGAUCUGGCAGUAAAUAUAGCCCCAUUCAAAUAUUCCCAUUUCCUUCCUCUUUGGUUUUUAAAAUUCAGAAAACCGCCGUCCCCUGCCGGGCGCCUCCACCCCGCCUCCGUCGUAAAAGGGGGCAGGGCAACCGCCAUGUCAGAUCCACGGGAAUCGGGAACCCCCGUUCACCCCCAGCCCUCUCCGGCGCCUCCGCCGUCGUCCCUGUACAAACAAAAUACGUGGUCCCCGGACACGUUCCGCGACGAGGUUUGGCAGAGAAGGAAGGGGAAUCAGGGGAUCCGCCGGAGGGAGCGCGGCCGGAGCGUCACCGACGAAGACCUCGAUGAAUUCAAGGCUUGUAUGGAACUCGGGUUCGGUUUCGACUCCCCGACGAUGGACAAAAGGUUGUCCGACACUUUCCCGGCGUACGGACUCUUUUACGCCGUCAAUAAGCAUUACAACGACACCGUUUCCAAGACGGCGCCGUCUUCAUCGUCUAGUGUCUCCGAUUGCGAUUCCCCGUCCGGGUCGCCUUCCUCGUCCGGCAGUCCCCCCACCAUAUUCGCCGCCGAGACAAUGAAGACGAGGCUGAAGCAAUGGGCACAGGUUGUUGCCUAUUCGGACCAGAAUGAUUUUAAGGUUGUAGGAGAUAGGUGGUGGUUGAAUUAGAUUUCAUUUGGGUGGGUGGGAAAUGAAUACGUCAAAAGUUGGAUCCUUUUCUUUAUUUGGUUGAACAUGCAUAUAUACUGCUGCCUUGUUUGUACUUUUCUACGAGUAGUUCCGUAAUUUGCUCCAUAAUUUUCGUCAAAAAAGGUUCACUUAUAUAAUCCGGAUUUUCGUGUCCGUGUGAACUAUUAAAGUGUCAGUAUAGUU